AUGGACGGAGUUUGGAAACUCAGAUUUCCUCAUUGUAUGUAUCCUGUGGAGGCGGAGAUUUUUUCUGCGUUAAACUAUCCAAAUGUGUGUACAAAGGAACCGGCUUCGCAGAAUUCAGCGUUUUGUAUUAAUAAACAUUGUGAGGUCGCCAGGGAAGGAAACGUACCAACUGGUCUCCGCGAUUUUAUCCACAAGUACUGUGGGGUACCACAAAUCGACAAGGAAGGUAAUUAGUUAAGAAUUAAGGCAACUGCCCCCCCCCCCAUCUCAUUAUUCAGUAAUUAUUCUUUGGAUAUUUGGGACUUUUUUCGGCAUAUGUAGGACUUACUGCUGCCCUGGCCCUGGUGAAAAAAUCCUGCGUACGGCCCAUCCAAGAUGUAUACGCACACAAUUAACACACUGGCCUUUUUUGUUUUUAGAAACAGAGAACCUUCGGGCAAGCGAUGGUGAAAUCAUUGAAACAAAACUUGAAAAUAUGUCGGGCAACGAAAAAGGCAACAUAAAGGCAACAUAA